AAACCCAGCCCAGCAUUUGCGAACUCACACUCCCCAUCUGGGAGCGCGCUUAGAACCUGCACUCCCACUUCCUGGUCUAGUCCUGCCUGAUUCCUGAGGCGAGCCCGUUCCGCCUCCUCCCUUUUCCCACAGGGACCUUGGGGCCUCCGCAAAAGGACGUCCGAGACCAGAAGCCUUCUCCAGUUCGUGAGAGUCACAUCGGACUUGUGGAAGUCACCUCUAGGGACAGAGGGGGUCACGACGGCCAGCUUAGGGCUGAUGGAAGCCACCGAGGGUCAGAGGGGUUGGUGAGAGUUACCAGGUGCCUCUCAGAGGCCUGUGGGAGGGAUCAUCAGAUACCGGUUGGGGAAGAGGAGGGCAGCAGAGAUCUAGGGACCUUAGAACUGUGGGCGGUUCCCAGAGAUCAGAGGGAAGGACUUGUUCACACAGGUGCCAGGGCCGGCCCUUACUUGGGCAAGUGAAGUGCCCGCAGGACAAAGCGCGGUUACAUCGAGCCCAAGCGCGCAAGCCUUGACUUUGGGAGGGACUGUCCCCCUUGCAAAUCACGGGGCCUGACAGUGAAUGGUGUUGCUGCUCCCACCUUCAGAUAUUCCAUCAAUAAGUCCCGCUGGACUACAGAGCCUUUGGAGUAUACCUGGUGAUUUGGGUAACCAGCUGGAAGCAAAGCUGGACAAGCCGACGGUUGUGCACUACCUUUGCUCCAAAAGGACCGACAGCUACUUCACGCUCUGGCUGAACCUUGAACUCCUGCUUCCGGUCAUCAUUGACUGCUGGGUCGACAAUAUCAGGCUAGUUUACAACAGAACAUCUGGGACCACCCACUUUCCUGAUGGUGUGGAUGUGCGUGUCCCUGGCUUUGGGAAGACUUUCUCAUUGGAGUUCCUGGACCCUAGCAGAAGCAGUGUGGGUUCCUAUUUCCAUGCUAUGGUGGACAGCCUUGUGGGCUGGGGCUACACACGAGGUGAAGAUGUCCGAGGGGCCCCCUAUGAUUGGCGCCGUGCCCCAAAUGAAAACAUGGACUACUUCCUGGCCCUCCAAGAGAUGGUUGAGGAGAUGUACCAGCUGUAUGGGGGCCCUGUGGUGCUGGUUGCCCACAGCAUGGGCAACAUGUACACGCUAUACUUUCUGCAACAGCAGCCACAAGCUUGGAAGGACAAGUAUAUCCAUACCUUUGUGUCACUGGGUGCCCCCUGGGGGGGUGUGGCCAAGACCCUGCGUGUCCUGGCCUCAGGAGACAACAACCGGAUCCCCGUCAUCGAGUCACUGAAGAUUCGGGAGCAGCAGCGCUCUGCAGUCUCCACCAGCUGGCUGCUGCCCUACAGCCACACCUGGUCACCUGAGAAGGUAUUUGUACGCACACCCACAACCAACUAUACACUGCGGGACUAUCACCGGUUCUUCCAGGACAUUGGCUUUGAAGAUGGCUGGUUCAUGCGGCAGAACACAGAUGGGCUGGUUGAAGCCAUGCUGCCGCCUGGUGUGCCACUGCACUGCCUCUAUGGCACCGGCGUUCCCACACCAGACUCCUUCUACUAUGAGAGCUUCCCAGAUCACGACCCUAAAAUCUACUUUGGUGAUGGCGACGGCACUGUAAACUUGGAAAGUGCCCUGCAUUGCCGGACCUGGAAAAGACAGCAGGAGCACCAAGUAUUAUUGCAAGAGAUACGAGGCAGCGAGCACAUUGAGAUGCUGGCCAAUGCCACCACUCUGGCCUAUCUGAAACGUGUGCUUCUUGGGCCCUGAGUCCUGUGCCAGGCAGGGCUGCUGGAUGGGUUGGCCACAGGGCUUUUCUUGGCCUCUGAGGCUGUUAUGGAUUAUAAAAUUAGCAGAGUUUUGAACCAAUCCUUCAAGAUCCUGGGUCUUGGGCUAUGAAGCAUCUGCCCUGGGAAGUACUGUUGCUUUCUUCUGUGGCCGUGAACAAGGAAUAAAUGAGUGUGGACUCAAAAGACCCUUGAUAUAAAGAAGGCUGCUGGUGGUGGAAUUGGUGUCACUCAAGACUGGAUCUGCAGGGUGGAUUGAUUGGCACCUGGCCUCAAUCCCCAGCUCAGGGGCCAUGCAUUCCCUUUAUCCCUGUGGGCUUUCCACCCUCACCCACUGGGUCCUGGACUUCCUGUGAGGAAUAUACUGAGCUCUUUGACCCUCAGGUGACCCUUCCCAUACACUGGCCUCAUACAGGCCUGCUAUUAGACAGGGGUGGCUGCAGCUGCUGGCUUACCUGCGGCCUCACUGGUGGACAGCCUGGUACCCCCUGCAGGCAGGGGCAGUUUUAUUUUCCAUGGCUCCCAGGACUUGGGGCAUUCACUACCUCUCUCACCUGCAGUAGCAGCCCAGGUCUGGAUUGGGCAACAGAUGGCUACCAGGAGCCCUGAUGCCCCUGGUUAUACUGUGGGUCCCAGUAUUAAAGUUGACUCCCUUAGCAGGGCCCAAUGCCAUGGCAUUCUGAGUACCUGUGAAGAAAGGGAACUCUGAGGCAACUGGCUGCCUUGAGCUGCCCUCUUGUGAAUCUCACUGCCACCCUGCCAUUAGGUCUCCAAGCUGGGCUGGCACAGCUAAGAAGUGGUGGGGCUCCUGCCCAGUAUCUGCUCCCACUAGGCAGGUCAGUGGUUUUUCCUAUGAAGGGACAAACCCAGAGAUUGGAGUGAGCCCCUGAGAGCCAGAAGCAUAGGUACCGUGGGUUUUUCUGUCUUCUGCAGGGAUGCUGCGUGGGUCUCCCCAUGAUAGCAGGGGUGGAGAGUCUGAGCCUAUGUUAGUGGCAAUUGGCUCUAUAUGGGUACUUGGCCAGAGGCUGAGAUUUAAGUCCAGCCUCAGGGUUGAAGUGAAAGCCAGUGGCUGGUCUGUGCCACUCUCCCAUAAGGUUUUUGUGGAGCUGGGUUUUUGCUGUUGUAUUUGUACCCAGCAUCUGUCUCCUUUUGUCCUGAGUGGUGGGCUCUGUAUGGGGUCUGAGCAGGAUGUACCUCAAUUCUGGCAAUAAAAGUAUUCUGGAAGCUUUAAAGUGUUCUCAUCUUGGAUCUGCUCUAAGUAUGAGAGGAUGGAGGUGGUGGAUGUUUGAAGUUAC